UGGAGAGCAGCAGGCGCCAGGGAUAAAGAGUGAGAGAAACAGAGACACUUUUUUUGGCUUUAUACUAGUCAGAGCUCAUUUGACUUGAGUUUUAGACGUUACAAAUCUUUAUCUGCAUUGCUGGUGAUGUCAAAAGAAAAAAUCUUGUAGCACUUCUGUUUCACUUUUCUGUAUCUUUAUUAGUUUGCACACCAACAGGGAGCACUGAAGGGGAGAGCUGGCUACGGUUUUUGAAAAAAACUUUUGGUCUGUUUCACAGACGUUAUUGGUCCUAUUUUUGUCUAAGGUUGGUGUCUUAACGUGAUUCACCAGAAGCCAUGAGUUCCUUGGUAAUGAGUACUGUAGGAGAUGAAAGCACAAGCUUUGACCUUAUCCAAAAUCGGAUUGAGUCACUUAGCAGCAAGAUGGACAAGCUUAUCAACAUUCAAGAAAAGGUCCUCAACCGACUAGAUGGGAUGUCUCAGGACAUUGACUUCAUUGAAAAGGAUAUGGAGAAUCUGAAGGUUGACAAGAAGGAGAUCCAUCUUCCACCCAAGAUGGUGAACCAGACUAAGGUCAUGGGGCGAGAGGUGAGGGAGAUAUGCCAGGAGAUGAGCACCAUAAUGUCGGCGGUGAACCAGCGUUCCGAGCAGCAGGCUCAGAAGCUCGAAGGGAUGGAAAAGCUGGUCCUCAGCAUGCAGCAGAUGAUCAGCUUCAUUGGGGAGACGGUGAAGAAUUCCAGGGUUAUGGAACUGAUGUUCAAAAGCCCUGCUGCUCGGAAGGGCUCCAAACCUAAAGACAAUAAAGGCAAGCAAACCGUUAAGAGGAAAUCAUCUACGGACACAAUAAACAAGCUUGAAAAGAAACCUACCUCUAAUAAAGCCAGUAAAGGGAAUCAAGGGAUAACACCUGCAUGUGAGCCCAGUUCUCCUCAAACUUCUCCAAAGAUAAAGCUCCAUGGACCAAAGCAUUUCCUCGUCUCUCGCAAAUGUGGAAACUUUGUAGGUUUAUUGCGUCUGUAUCUAUACAGGAACCUGUCUUUUUAUUUAUUAUAUUUCAAGGACCACAAAGGUAAAGAUGGGACAGAUAAGCCCCCUUUGAGCCCUAAGGGUCUUAAAGCUCAAAAUAAGAUGAAGCCUCCAGACACAGCAGAACAUAUCUCCUUGAAGAAGCAAAUGUUGCUUCUCGAAGAGGUGCAGAAACUCAACAGGGAGAAUGCAGAGAAAUCGUGUCACCAGCUCACCCCUGGAUCUCUGGAUCUGGAGGCUGGAGUGUCCCCUGAAGAGAAAGAUCAACAAUCUGACGCCUGUGCUUGCAACUUGGUGGACUACCUGCGUGAAGAUUGCAAAGUGGCUGAGACACACAAGGCGGUUAGUGAGGAAGAGGUUGUGGAAAAGUUGCAUGAGGCAGAGGCAGCGGUUAAAGAGAAGGAACCCAAGCUCGAUGUGGAGAAUGUAAUGAAAGAGAAAGAGGAAGAAAAGCUCCCAGAGGAAAAAAAGGAAGAGGUUGCUUCUCCUGAUGAAGAAGUAGCCUAUGCCCCGGAGUUGCCUGCUGCCCAUGAGAAUGAAAAAGAGCAAGUCCCUUCAAGCUGUGAUGACCACAAAGAUGCCUCCCCAUCUCCAGAGGCCACACAGGACCAGAUAUCAGAGGUCAGCACCACAAGUACCAAGUUCUGUGUGACCGAGGAACACUUUGCAGUGGAGGAAAAAACAAAGACCCAAGAGGAGGAGAAGAAGGAAGACAACGAGGAGGAGGAGGAGAAGCUUGAGGCUGAGGGCUGGGCAGUCUUCCGGGCAGAUGGAAUUGAACUCCAGUUAGACCUCAAACAAAGGGUGGAGAGAGAAAGAAGAGAAAAGGAUGCAGAAAUGGAUGCAGAAAAGGAGGAUGAUAAAAAUGUAGAGCGGUACUUUAUUGACACCUCUCCUCCUCCAGCGGCUCCUUUCAAUCACCACAUUGUUUCUGCCAAGCCCAACCAGAUCAUCAACUUCUACACCAUCAACUGGCAGGAAGUCCUAGGCGGGGGUCGUUUUGGCCAGGUGCACAAAUGUGUUGAAAACUCCUCCGGUCUCACUUUGGCAGCGAAGGUCAUCAAAGCCAGGAGUCUGAAAGAAAAGGAGGUGGUGAAGAAUGAGAUCCAGGUCAUGAAUAAUCUGGACCAUGCCAACCUGAUCCAGCUCUAUGCAGCUUAUGAGUCAAGGAAUGACAUCAUCCUUGUACUUGAAUAUGUUGGUGGAGGGGAGCUGUUUGACAGGAUCAUUGAUGAAAACUACACUUUAAUGGAGCUGGACGCCGUUGUGUUCAUCAGGCAGAUCUGUGACGGCCUGCAGCACAUGCACAAAAUGUACAUCCUACACUUAGACUUAAAGCCAGAAAACAUUCUGUGUGUGAGCAGAGUCACGAAUAAGAUCAAAAUCAUUGACUUUGGUCUUGCUAGGAUAUAUAAACCACGUGAGAAACUGCGAGUGAAUUUUGGCACUCCGGAGUUUCUUGCUCCUGAAAUCAUCAACUAUGACUUUGUGUCGUUCAACACAGACAUGUGGAGCCUCGGCGUCAUCACCUACAUGCUUCUGAGCGGUCUCUGUCCCUUCCUUGGCGACGAUGACAACGAGACCCUGAACAACAUCUUGGCCUGUAAGUGGAACUUUGAGGAACAAGAGUUUGUAGAUACGUCAGAUGAAGCCAAAGACUUCAUCUCCAAACUCCUCAUUGUGAAUAAAAGUUGGAGGAUGGGGGCAUCUGAGGCCUUGAGACAUCCUUGGCUAUCUGACCCAGUCCUUCAUCAUCAUCUUCAUACAAAGAAAAAUAUGUGCAGAUCACGGCGAUCAUCAUGUGUGCCCACGACUGAUAGUUGAGGGCUACAGUGAUGUGAAGGCUUUAGCUGUGGCCACUUGGACCAACCCUCCUGUCCAUGUAAAUUACCUGAAUAUUAAGUCCAUGCACCUGUGACAUGGGCUGAAAUUCUGGCUACCCCGCAAACCUUUUACUGAUCCACUGUUGUUUAUGUAAGCAAUAUACAAAACAAUGUACAAUGUUAUUGGGAUUAAAACAUGUCCCGCCAUGCAUUAAUUAGAUUGUACUUUCAUGAAAAUGUCUUUUCCUUAAAGAAAGUACAGUUCAUGACUGUAAUGCGAGACAAACAAAGGGUAAAAAAAUAAGCUUGUUGACAAAUCAAAUGUUUGUUUAAGGUGUUUGUUAUUUUUCAUCCCCUCUUAUAUGGCAUUUCAAACCGCUGCUUAUGUCAUAGUCUGACCUGUAUUUGCAUAUGUGCUUAAUCGGGAAAAUUGCAAGUUGAGUGUGCACAUUGUAAUAUCUACUUCAUUUUGAAAUAUCCACUCAGUGAGCCACUCUCAUUUAUCUCUAACCAAAUACUGUACAUUGUGCUGUUGUAGUUUUGCUGCUUUUAUAUGAAGGCUACAGCAUGAUUCGUAUUAUGUGACUGUAAUAAUAUGUGCUGCAUUUCUCUCCUCUCAGUUACAAAUAUUAUCCAAUCUGAAGUGUAGUUUUAAAAUUUUAGAUUUUCUUAUAUCUUAGGGGACAUUGAAUCAACAAGUCUCCGUUAAAUUGCUGGAUGUGUAUUGUAUGUAUGGACAGAGUGGAAUUUCUGCGGUUGGUGUCAUGAGCUGUAGUAUGUGCACUUUAUAAUGUUAUUUAUUUCAACAUAGAUUAUACAUAAUGCUACCAUAGUUUCAUUGAAAACUAUGGCUUGGCUUGUGUGGUCAGAUCAACCCAUAUUUCCUUCCUACUUCUGUUUCAUGCUGCUUUGUCCAGGUGUUUAUAAAGAAAAUAUAGUUUUACUUUAUAACAAACCAACACAGUACAUGUCUUAUCAGUUAAGUGUAUUAUUUUUACUCUUUUUUUUGCAUGUAUCUGUGUUUUAUCAACCACUGAAGCUUGAACUAGACACACAGAGAAAUAACUUUUUUUAAACUUUUUUUUUAAACUCUUUUUCACUCUAGUUGCAUAUUAAUGCUAUACUGUAGAUGCUUUUUCCACAAAAUCAUUGAAAUGCCUUCUGUGAAGGUUCAGUGAAACUAAUACACUACCUACCUAAUGUUGCCUAAGUUGAUAUAAUGUUGUUAGCUCUACAUCUCACGUUUUAAUUCAACUCCAUUAUGAAUGUUACAUUUAUUGUUGUUGAACACAGAGUGCUAGUAAAAGAAGCUGCUCACCGAGUGUUAACAAUUUCAAAUUCAGCAUGUAUUUGUGAAGUGUGUACACAUCCAUUAAACUGAAAUUGUGUCUUAAA